AUGGGAAGCUACCGCUUUGUCCUCGUCAAACCUGCGGCUCGGCCAGCCUAUCCACUGUUCGGCGUGCUUCCCUUCCCGGCCACGGUUCCCGUCCAGGCUCUGCUCGUGCUCGGCACCUUCCUCAUCCUCCUCAUCGUCCUAGCUGCAUACAGCGACAUGCUCAAGCCAGGCCUGUUAGCAGCAUCACGCCUUCAUCCAUAUACCCCGUCCGCAUCUUCCUCCGACAAAUCGCACUCAUUGCGGCGGCCUCGCUCGACUGCUUCAGCCUCUUCCUCAAGAGCUUCUUCCUCAUCAAGGGCUCGCUUGUCCAACCCGAAGUAUAAAGGCCUUCGCAAUACAGGCAACACUUGCUUCUUCAAUUCCACCUUGCAAUCGAUCUCAUCCUUGUCGCUCUUUCGCAAGUACCUCUACUUCCUCGUGCAGCAAGCAGAGCGUUGGGAUACGCCCACACCCGUCAUCGAUGCGCUGCUAGAGCUCAUCCAAGAGCUUGCUACUCCGGCAGAACGCAAUGUCGCCAUCAAUCCUCUGCAGCUUGUGCACGCCCUGCAGAACCUGCCUUCCUCCUCAAUAAGGAGCUUGGUAGGUGCCCACCAGCAACAGGAUGCCCACGAGCUGUUUGCACUCCUCAACGAAGCAGUCGAUACCGAGGCAAAAGCCAUUCAGCAUGAGCGAUCUAGUGCGCUCGACACAGAGCAAGCAGGGCUUCGAGCGCUCAUGGCGCCCUCCCUCUCUUGGAGCGGACGUGGCGUGUACGCAGAUCCGACACAUGCCCAGAGCAAGAGCAUGGUCAACGGCACGUCGAACCCACUGCAAGUUCUUGGCAUGGCGACAGACGACGGCUCGACAACUUCGGCAGACGCACCAUCCACAAGCAGCAGCGACGACAUGCUCAUGAUUUCACCCUUCGACGCGCUCUUGGCGCAGCGCACCAUCUGCCUCGACUGCGGAUACUGCGAAGCCAUCCGCCACUUUUCUACCUCUGAAAUCUCACUCUCGGUGCCCGCAAUCAAUGUGCGAACACGAACAUCGGAAAUUACGGGCACCUCGGCCUGCUCGUUGCAAGAAUGCCUUGCGCUGUGGUCUGACUUGGAGAAGGUCGAUUGGAUCUGCUGGAACUGCACCCUGCGCAACACGUUGCAGGGUGUGCAGGCAGAUAUUGCGUCCAAGGGUCCGGCUUCUGUCGCUUCCAAGUCAAAUGGAGCCGCUGUCAAUGGCAACGCUCAUGCUUCUACAAAUGGCACCGGCUUGACGCCAGCCAAGAAGAAACGGCUGGCUCAACUGCGGUCGAAAGAGGCCAAGCUGAACCGCAUCCUGCAGUCAGGUCUUUCGGAGGACGAGCUGAAGCAGGCUAGCGACGACACUGCUUCGCCGUGGCACAAUGUGUUGAACAAUGUGCCACUCAAAAAGACCAUCAGCCGGCUGUCCACCAAGCAAAUCAUGAUCUCGAGACCGCCGCGCAUUCUGGCAUUGCACCUCAACCGGUCUUCCUACUCGGCGUCUUCGUGGGCCCCAUCCAAGAAUAACCGACACGUGCUGUUUCCGGAAUACCUCGACCUAGGCGACUUCACCUUGCAGGGCAGUAUCUCACUGGAUGGUCGCCUAGCCAUGAACUCGAACCCUUCGCAUAGCAGAAGUAACGAUAGGACCGAAGGGAGGUCUGAAUCGGUGUAUCGUCUCGCAGCGAUCGUUGUGCACUACGGUUCGCACUCCUUUGGACACUAUAUUGCGUUCAAGCGUGUACCGGCGUACGAGGUGGGGUACGAUGGAAUCAAUGACGCAGGUGAAACAGCAGCAGCUGCGGAUAAAGAUGGGUGGUUGAGGAUCUCGGACGAGAGCGUUACGCGGGCGACGAUUCAGCAGGUCAAGCAGGAGAAUCCGUAUAUGCUGUUUUACGAGUUAAUGCCUUCACGGUCACAGGUUCUGCAGCAGGAGGGGAAGAUGGAGUUGCCGGAGGGCGAUGCAGAUUAUGCGACGCUGCAGAGAGCCAUUGCUGGGGCUAUGGCUGCAAAUGGCAAUGGCGGCCAUGCGCAGAGCGCGAGCAGCCAGCAGGAUGCGGUGGCCGACGUGGCAGUGGCGGGAACGGCGGCGAGGGUGAGUCCUGCAUCAAGCUCGUUGAGGAUCCGACCACGGACGGUGCAUCGAUGGAGCACCCCGCCCGUUGCAUAA